CAAUAUGAAGACUUACACCUUUAUAACCUGACUUGAAAGAAAGUAUCAAGUUGAGUUAGUAACAGGCCAAAAGCGGCCAAAGUGGCCACGAAGUCUGUUUUAAGCAGACGUCAACAAGGUGGCGAUGAUCCACACCAGAUGCAAGCUACUGUACAUGCGUCCAGGCGUACAGUCUUCCCUCCCCUUCAUUCACAGCGCAUUACAAACGCUGUACGUCGUGCUUUGCGUUUUCUUCCCAACUUAAAGCAGCAGUUUAAGCUCGCUUCAGCAUUAUGUGGUUACAUAUUUUAAUUCUUCUCUUUGCCAAUCCGCCGAGGAUGAUGGCGGCAUCCAACACCCUCUGCCCAGCCGGAUGUAGCUGUUCCUCCGAAACCGUGGAGUGUACCAACAUGGGGCUGGUCCGGGCGCCGGCCUCCAUCCCGAGACACGUCAGGGUCCUGAACAUGGACGACAACAGCCUGUACGACUUGGAGUCAAUAAGUUUCCGAUGGUUUCCGUACCUUCAACAGCUAUCCUUGCAGAGGAAUAAGAUCGAGAGGAUCGAUGAGCACUCCUUUGCCCAGAUCGACAGCCUGCGCAGGUUGUAUCUGACUCAGAACAACAUUGGUGUAGUCUCGCCCCGCGCGUUUAGGCGGCUUCUGCGGCUGAGACAUCUCUAUCUGGGGUGGAACUCCAUCUCUCACCUCCACUCUGACACGUUCCGCCAUCUCUCCAGACUAAAGAUUGUCCACCUAAACAACAACAACAUUUGUACCAUCACAGAGGGUCUGUUUGCUGGAUUGAGUAAUCUGGAGUCCCUGACGCUCAGCCAUAAUUGUUUAUCAGAGCUGCCAGACGGCACAUUCCGAGACUUGAGCAGUCUACACACACUCUUACUCCACAACAACAAUCUGAAGUACAUUCCACACGGGGCAUUUAGAGGGCUUCAAUCUCUGACGUCACUCAACCUUUCGAACAACAGUUUGGCCAAUAUAACGGCCAACAUUUUUGAGGAUUUGCCUUCUGUGCAAGUUCUCGAGCUUCGGAAUAAUAGGAUCAACUACAUACACCCGGAUACAUUUGGAGCUGCUCCGAACUUGACUUAUUUGUACUUGGACUUCAACCGCCUUAAACAGCCACCUGUUUUUGGUCAUCAACAUCCGGGCCUUCGCUUCCUGUCCCUGACUGGGAACGAGGUCGAAGAGAUCCCGGAUGUUAGUUUCCGGAAUGCACCAAACGUCCACACACUUCUGCUCGGGCGAAACAAACUUGGACGUGUGCCCACAGAGAGUCUAUCCGUCAUGACAAAACUCGUGGUCUUGAACUUGUCUGAGAACCCUAUUAUGGAACUUCGUGAGCAUUCCUUCCAGGGACUGGAAAAUCUCCGACUCUUGUCACUGCGUGACUGUGAGAUUCGCACCGUUUCUAGCGAGGCUUUCAACGGGUUGGGCCAAAUCAUGGGGAUAUUUCUCAACGGUAACCGCAUUGCUAAACUUGAACAGGGUACAUUUUCAAACAUGCCGUUCAUUUUCAGCGUCAACUUGAACGGGAAUUUCUUACGUCACGUAGAAAACGGAGCAUUUGGAAAUCACUCUUCACUAAGGAGACUGUUUCUGCAAAACAAUCGUUUACAACGGGUUCCAAAACGUAGCCUGGGUAUGAUGCCAAGUUUAAAAGACCUUUACCUGGACUAUAAUCCAAUCAGAUCCAUUGGUCCUUCGUCGUUUGUCCAUCUACCGAAUCUGAGAAUACUGGGACUUCGUAGCUGUAACUUGAGUCGCGUCCAUGACACCGCUUUUGAAGGACUUGGAAAACUGCGACAGUUGGAUUUGAGAGGAAACAACUUACGGAACCUGCCAUCCACAACUUUCACAAAUAUGUCUUCAGAUUUAGUGGUGGAGCUGGACCAGAAUCCGUGGACCUGUGACUGUGGCAUGCUGGGAUUCCACCAGUGGUUAAACAACGUUCAGCGGUUCUACAGGGAGAUCGUCUGUGUGUUCCCACAGCGGCUACAGGGGGCGCUUCUGUCUAAACUUGACUCAAGAAGUCUUAACUGCAGCGGUGAUUUUUCUCUUCUCCCCGUCACCGUGCGGACUGAAGAUUUGUUUCACAACCCAGAUUAUCGGGGUGUUGAUGAUGAGUUGACUACAGGUACAGUAAGCAGUAUGGUCACCGAAAAGACAACCAACAACUAA